AUGGCAGCGGGAGUAGCAGCGUGGUUGCCUUUUGCUCGGGCAGCUGCUAUAGGAUGGAUGCCGGUAGCCACAAGUCCCAUGCCGAAUCCUCCCCACCAGGAGAGGAAACGAAGCCAGGACUCCCUAAUAGUGCUGAAUGUGAGCGGUACCCAGUUCCAGACUUGGCUGGACACCCUGGAACGCUAUCCUGACACACUGCUGGGCAGCUCAGAGAGGGAUUUUUUCUACCAUCCAGAGACACAGCAAUACUUUUUUGACCGUGAUCCUGACAUCUUCCGACACAUCCUCAAUUUCUAUCGUACGGGGAAGCUACACUAUCCCCGUCAAGAGUGCAUCUCGGCCUAUGAUGAGGAGCUGGCAUUCUUUGGUAUAAUCCCUGAGAUCAUUGGGGAUUGUUGCUAUGAGGAAUAUAAGGAUCGACGACGGGAGAAUGCUGAGCGUCUUCAGGAUGAUGCUGAUCAGGAUAAUGCUAAUGAAAGCAAUUUGCCCUCCAUGACAGCUCGAGAAAGGAUGUGGCGGGCCUUUGAGAAUCCACACACCAGCACUCUGGCCUUGGUCUUCUACUAUGUAACGGGCUUCUUCAUUGCCGUUUCUGUCAUGGCCAAUGUGGUGGAGACAGUGCCCUGUGGGGUAAGUCCUGGUGCCAUCAAGGAGCUGACCUGUGGAGAGCGGUAUGAUGUGGCUUUCUUCUGCCUGGAUACAGCCUGUGUCAUGAUCUUCACUGUUGAGUAUCUGAUGCGUCUGGUGGCUGCCCCAAGCCGAUACAAGUUUGCGCGUAGUGUAAUGAGCAUCAUUGAUGUAGUGGCUAUUAUGCCCUAUUACAUUGCUCUUGUGAUGACCAACAAUGAGGAUGUUAGUGGGGCCUUCGUUACACUACGUGUCUUCCGGGUCUUCCGGAUCUUUAAGUUUUCCCGCCACUCACAGGGUUUACGCAUCCUGGGCUACACUCUGAAAAGCUGUGCAUCAGAACUUGGCUUUCUCCUAUUUUCUCUCACUAUGGCUAUCAUCAUCUUUGCUACAGUUAUGUUUUAUGCUGAGAAAGGCUCGUCAGCCACCAAAUUCACCAGCAUCCCUGCUGCCUUCUGGUAUACCAUAGUCACUAUGACCACACUUGGGUAUGGUGACAUGGUGCCGAAGACCAUAGCUGGCAAGAUAUUUGGCUCGAUUUGUUCCUUGAGUGGGGUCUUAGUCAUUGCCCUUCCAGUUCCUGUUAUUGUGUCCAACUUCAGUCGCAUCUACCACCAGAACCAACGAGCAGAUAAGCGCAGGGCACAAAAGAAAGCCAGGCUUGCUCGAAUCCGUGCUGCAAAGAGUGGGAGUGCAAACGCUUACAUGCAGAGCAAAAGAAAUGGCUUACUCAGUAACCAGCUGCAGCAGUUAUCUGGUGAAGAACAAGGCGGCUUUGUUGGCAAAUUUGGUUCUUCCUUUGAAAUCCAACACCACCACCUGCUUCACUGUCUGGAAAAAACCACAAAUCAUGAAUUUGUGGAUGAAGAAAGUUGCAUGGAGGUUUCAACUGUCAACAGACACUCCAGCCCUUCCCUUUCUUCCCAACAAGGAGUUACGAGCACUUGCUGUUCACGGCGACAUAAAAAGACAUUCCACAUCCCAAAUGCCAACAUAACCAGCAGCCACCCAAGUAGCGUUCAAGAACUUAGUACCAUUCAGAUCAGAUGCAUGGAGAGAACACCUCAAUCUAACAGCCGAUCCAGUCUAAAUGCCAAAAUGGAAGAGUGUGUUAAACUAAACUGUGAGCAGCCGUACGUAACCACAGCAAUAAUCAGCAUUCCAACACCACCUGUGACCACACCAGAGGGAGACGAUCGACCAGGGUCUCCAGAGUAUUCAGGAGGAAACAUUGUCAGAGUAUCUGCUUUAUAA